AUGGCAGGCAUCAAAGUUUUCGGACACGCUGCUUCAACUUCCACCAGGAGAGUCCUCAUCGCCCUCCACGAGAAAAACCUCGACUUUGAGCUAGUUCAUGUUGAGCUCAAAGACGGUGAACACAAGAAAGAGCCUUUCCUCUCUCGCAACCCUUUUGGUAAAGUUCCAGCCUUUGAAGAUGGAGACCUCAAGCUCUUCGAGUCAAGAGCUAUCACUCAAUACAUAGCUCACAGAUAUGAAGACCAAGGAACCAACCUUCUUCCAUCCGACUCUAAGAACAUACCACUCUACACAGUCAUGGUCAUUGGAAUGCAAGUAGAAGCACACGAAUUCGACCCAGUGGCUNCAAAGCUUGCUUGGGAACAAGUGUUCAAGCUCAUGUAUGGCUUGACCACAGACCAAGCCGUUGUUGAAGAAGAAGAGGCUAAGUUAGCCAAGGUCCUUGAUGUCUACGAGGCUAGGCUCAAGGAGACCAAGUAUAUGGCUGGUGACACUUUUACUUUGACUGAUCUUCACCACAUUCCAGUGAUUCAAUAUCUGCUCGGAACUCCCACCGGUAAGCUCUUCACCCAGCGUCAACGUGUAAACGAUUGGGUGUCUGAAAUCACCAAGAGGCCAGCUUCCUUGAAGAUCCUUCAGUAA